UUAAAGUAACAGGGUCUAGCAACCCCGACCCAGUCAGCAACGAGGUGCAGGAGAUGUUUAAAAUAGUUCUGUUUGUCGCCAUCUGCGGAAUUCUGAGUUUAUUCGGAAUUGGGGCAAACGUGACGAAUAUAAUCGUCUUCAUCAAACAAGGAUUUAAAGACAGCAUCAACAUCAGUUUGUUAGGUUUGGCAGUAGGGGAUCUUGGCUGUGCAUUGACUAUGGUCUGGGUGAGCAUUGGUUUCAGCCCGCUUCUAAC